AUGACAGGUGCCGCACUCUUCUCUUGUGGUUCUCCUUUCCCCAAGCGAAUCUCUGAAGCAAAAACACCUCCCACCAUCAGAUGUUUCUUCUUCUACGAGAGAUUCGCGAAUCGGAUAAGAAGCAGGUUGGCCACAGACCUUAUUCUUCAGCAGCAGCUCCUCCCUUUCGCUCAAACUCCAGAGUCACAUUCAAUCAUCAAAACACUCUCAGAGACUAACCAGAGGAAGUUUCCGAGAUACUGGGAUGAGCUCCUGGGGACUGCAGAAGGAAGUGGGAUGCCUGUUCUUGAUAUAAUAUCAAUCAACUUCAGGAAGGAAAUACUUCCAUUUCUUCCCAAGGCAGCAAUGAAUUCUAGUGCAGGUGGUACCUCAGAAGACUGCUCUGACGUGCUUGUUGUUAGCGACUCCAUGGCCAUUGCUGCACACAAUGAAGAUGCAAACAUUGCUAUAGUUGGGCACAAUUAUCUGAUCAGGGGUUCUUUGUCAAAUGGACUGUCCUUCACUGCUUACACAUAUGCUGGAGAGCUUCCAAGCUGUGCCUUCGGCUUUAACAAUCAUGGACUGGCAUUUACACUGAAUUCAGUACCCCCAUCUGAAGAGGAGAUUGUAGCUGCUGGAGUAGGGCAGAAUUUUAUAUCUCGAGACCUGCUUGAAGCAACAAACAUUGAUGAUGCAUCGAGUAGGAUUCAUUCAGCAGAAGCUUCUGUUGGACAUAGUUACAAUUUGAUUGACAUAAAGACACGCAGGAUUUUGAAUGUUGAAACUGCAUCAAAGAACCGGGUUUCAGUUCAUGAGAUUGGAGCAACACCAUUCUUCCAUGCAAACAUGUAUCUUCACCUUCAAGUUCAGCAGGUACAAGAUGAGAACUCAAUAAGCAGGCAAAAAAGAGCAGCUCAGCUACCAAAACAAUCAAAAGAUGAUUUCCUCUUGCUUCUUGGAGAUAGUGAAGAUGCAACCGGUUCAACACUAUACACUCUAUGUACAGAAGUACUUGCUCUGGACAAACAAGCACUGUCAGUUAUUGAAGGGAAUCUGAAGAAAGGAGAAAUUUCUCAUGUAUUCUCCAUAUCUAUAAAAGAGUCCAAGAUGUUGCAGUGA